ACAUAAUUUGUAACCAUAUGCAUUCUUUAACUGUUUUUCUAUAUAUUUAGUUUAAUUAAACGUAAAUUUUGGCAAUUCAAUUUUUUUAUGCGUCAAAAAUCAAUGUUUAUCAAUAUUUUGACAAACUCAAAAUAACACAAAUAUCAAUUUGUAGGGUAUGAAAAUUAAAGAUUAGAUUUAUUUCUUUUACCAGAACUGUGUUUUUUGGUAAAUUUACACUCCAACCGAUUAAAUCUUGGAUUCAGUAGAGCUUUAAAUGCGAGUAUUUUUAACAUACUCGAAAAUAUUCUGAAUAAAUUCUGACUAUUCAAAAAAACGCGUUUCAAUACCUUCUAGUUUCAUUGUACUGAAAUUGCAUAUUUUAAAAUAUUUUUUCAAAGCCGUGUCUGCAAGAUUUAGUUUGUGUUUCUGAGCAUUCGCUUAAGUUUCCAAAUACCUGUAAUGUGAAUAAAUGAUCUAUGUAACGUAUGCAGAAAAAUUCCAUUCUUAUAAAGUUUCUAGUUUUAUACAAACAUUUGGUUAGCAAAUAUACCAUAGAUGUUUGUGGAAUCAAAGUAAAAUACUGGAAUAACUUUUUAUAUGUUUUCCAAUUUGUUGUACGCUCGUUGUCGUAAUAUUCUUUCAAAAUCAUUUCCUUUUUCUUUGUUUGAGGGAUUUUACACAAAACCUUAUAUUUUGACGAGCUGAGAAAACAGAGUAUUUUGUAAAUUGUUCAUUGUAUCUUAAUAUAAUUCUAUUUUAAUCAUCAUUUUAAGUUGGUAAUGUAUUUAAUAUCAUUGCUUAUUUUCGAAACAUAACUCUUUGAUUUUGCUGCGCACACGCACACAUAAAACAUGUGUAUAUGCCAAUUGAAACUCAAAGGACAUAAAGGAAUCAUCGCAUUGAAUGACGCUUCUACGACGACAUUCAAGCCUUUGUAACCGUAUCAAUCCAUAGAUUUACAAAUAUACACAACGAUGAAUAAUAACGUAUCGUUUAACAAAUAUAACAAUUCGUGAUUAUCAACUAUCUCAAGUAUCAUCAAGUAUCAUGACCGAGAGAAAGUCUCUCAUCUCCGGUUUGGCAGUCACCUAAACGAAAGUUUCACUUGUCUUGGGUGAUGUCAUCUAGUACCAAAUGAGUCGAUGGAUUCGCAUUUAAAUACCAACAAGCAAUUGAAAAGAGGUUCGUCUCAAUAUUGCAGCAUUGAAAUUUCGACUAUCUGCCCAAAGGAAUGAGCCGAAUUAUUGUGACUAAGUUAGAAUUACUGCAAUGUGUGCAAUGAACAAAUACUGUGUGUGGCUCCAAUAUAUAAACUGUCUCGUACCAGAUGGAUUUGAAUGGCUAAUUAGUCUUUUAAACUGUUCAGCCUAAUAAAGUUUCAGUUACCAAUUUGAAAACCAAUGUAUUUGUUAUGAAAAACGGCAUUCAAUUAUAUUUCUUUUAGCUGUUCCCAUUUAUCAUCUAUUACAUCUCUAACAAAUUAAUGUUUACGAAAAAACGUGGGGGCUUACAGAUCUGCGCACAUGCAAUCAGUACAAUAGAUUCUCGCAUAUCUUCAGUUCAAAAAUCGAGCCUAAUGAAAAACACUCAGAGAAGAAAUAACCAAACAAAAACUGAUUUAAUACAGCUGGCACUUUGCAAAGUUGUGUGAUGUUAAGAAAAAAGAAAAAGACUUUGAGACCAGAACAACAAAGUCAAUGUAUUUGAAAAUAAAGUAUCUUUAGCAGACGCUGGCAUAGUUGUAUACCAUAAACUAUGCAGAACUUCGGCUACAAAGAGGGACCCAUCAAGUCAAAACUACAACGAGCGACGCGAGCAACCAGUGUGGUUGAGAACGGUAUUCUGCCGUUGAUGAUGACUUCGAAGCUCAAGACCCUGUCCGUAGGCGGUAAUGUCCGCUGGCGAAACGAUCCUGAAGCAAUAGCUGGCGGUGCUCUUCCUGGGGCAGACUUUGAAUACAUGCAGGUUGGACCAUCUCCUCCGGCUGAAGGAGCCCCAAAUUUGUAUGACAGCUUUGAGGAACCAAGUCCAGAUGCGACAAUAUGCAUUUGUAGUGAAACUAUAAGAAGUUCUCUCAUGGAACAGCUGCGUUCUGCAUCGGGACGAACAAUUCUAUUGGAGGAUAUUGAUUCUGGUGCGACUAAAGAGUGUAACGUUCGUGCUAUUUACGCAGAUGCUUCAAUUGUAGAAAAAAAUAUCAGCUUUUUAUGGUCGGCUUACCUAAAUCGUGUAGAUUUAUUAGAAGGUUUGAUUGAUUGUGGAUCAGAACUUAUGUAUUAUGAUAGCAAUGGUCUGACAGCCCUACAUUUAAGUGCGUUUAGCGGUGGUAUAGAUUGUACAAAUUUUCUUAUUAAAAAAGGUGUUGAAGUUAACGUGCAACCGAAAUGUUUUACACCGCUGCAUUGUGCAGCCCUUGGAAAUUCUGUGGAGACUGCUAAAAUUUUGAUAAACAACGGUGCUAACCUGAACAUACCUACAAAUAAACAAAAUAGUGAAGAGUCGCUGCUGCAUUGUGCUGUGCGUUCCAAUGCUUUAGAAUGUGUGAAAGUGUUCAUUGCAGAAGGUAUAGAUGUAAACAUGUUGGAUAAAAACGGUACAAACCCCAUUCAUUUGGCAGCCGACCUAGGUCAUAUUCAAUGUUUGCAAGCAUUGUUAGACUGCCCAAAAGCAGACCCAAACAUGAGAGUACAAGCUCGUGACAAAGAGACUACUGCUCUUCACUUGGCUGCCGAUGAAGGGUAUUUGGAAUGUGUAACAUUGCUGUUAUCAAAGGGUGCUGAUGUCAAAGUUAAAAAUUAUCGUGGGUUUACAGCAUUACACUUGGCAGCACGAGCGGCUAGCGUAGAAUGUGUUGAAGUUCUACUUAGAAUGGGAAAUGCUGAUCCAAAUGCUGAAGAUGCUGAUCAUCGAACGCCUUUGCAUGCUGGCGUUAGCAAAUCCGAUACAUCGUUUGACAUACUAGAGAUUUUGAUCUCAUGGGGAGCUAAUGUCAAUCAUAAGGACGUAUAUGGCUUUACUGCGCUACAUUUGGCAGCAUUAGAUGGAUUGGCGCAUUGUGUUGAAAUGUUACUGUUUCAUGGUGCAGAUGUUACCACGAAAUCUAAAAAGGGCACAUCCGCUUUGAAUGUAAUUAUGAGAAAAACACCGGCAUCGCUAGCUAUGAUUAAUCAUAAAUUGGAUGCAGCGAUUACUCUGACUCAUUCACAAGAUUCUUCCAAUCGCGAAGUAGAGCUGGAGCUAGAUUUUAGAAGUAUUCUUCAACAUUGUCACCCAAGAGAAAUCAGCUAUCUAAAUACUUUUGUUGACGAGGGCCAGAAGGAAAUUCUACAGCACCCCCUUUGUUCUGCGUUCCUCUACAUCAAAUGGGGCAAAAUCAGAAAAUAUUACAUUGCUCGUUUAUUGUUUUGUUUCACGUUUGUGCUUUUUCUAACGCUAUAUGUUUUAACGGCACUUGCUCAUAAUUGCUACAAUGGCAGUAAAGAUAUGAAAGAAACCAUACAAGAACAAGAGUUGUGUCAAAAACAAUCCAUUUUGGGAGACAUGCUUCGAAACAAUCCAUUUGUAAUGGAAAUGCAAUGGAUGGUUCUAGUUGCUAUAACUAUCGUUGAAAUAUGCCGGAAAAUAUAUGGAAUGACCGGAUAUACAUCUUUUCGUCGGUACGUCACACAAGCAGAAAAUGCUAUUGAAUGGUUCAUUAUUGUGAGCGUUUUUGUAAUCUCCUACAUCUACACAAAGCGUACAUAUACCUGGCAAAACCACAUAGGUGCCUUCGCUGUUCUGCUUGGCUGGACAAACCUAAUGUUGAUGAUCGGUCAGUUGCCUGUGUUCGGAGCAUAUGUCGCAAUGUACCGAAAAGUGCAGGUUGAAUUCGCAAAACUCUUUAUGGCUUACUCUUGCAUGCUAAUUGGAUUCACAAUUAGUUUUUGUGUAAUUUUUCCGUCCUCGUCAUCAUUUGCUAAUCCAUUCAUGGGUUUCAUAACAGUAUUAGUAAUGAUGACCGGUGAACAAGACUUAGAAUUAUUGAUCAAUGAUCCUGAUGGAAAAGAUCCGCCGUUUCUGCUUGAAAUUAGUGCACAAAUUACAUUUGUAUUGUUCCUUUUGUUUGUGACGGUUAUCCUGAUGAAUCUUUUGAUUGGAAUUGCUGUUCAUGACAUUCAGGGCCUAAAGAAAACGGCCGGUUUGUCGAAGCUGGUUCGCCAAACCAAGCUAAUUUCAUAUAUUGAAUCUGCCCUAUUUAAUGGCUGGUUGCCGAAUUGGUUACGGAGUCUGUUGCAUUACACAGCGUUGGUAUCACCACAAGCUUACCGCGUGGUGCUUAGCGUUAAACCUCUUAACCCUGGUGAGAAACGACUUCCUAGAGACAUCAUGAUGGCAGCAUAUGAGGUUGCAAAACUUCGAAAACAUCUUGGUCACACCAUAUCAAACCGCAACACAAACGCAACAUUUUUCAAUUUUAAGAAUAAACUUGAGCCAACAAGCACAAGUGCAAUGACGAUGGACCGUUCAGGUGAUUCUGAUUGUGGAUUUGAAACGGCCAGCAUUUGCACUCUCACAACAAAAAUCGACGAAAAUGCGGAAAAAAUUGAACGGUUGAAAAAUGAAAUUCGUGAUUUAAAAACUACACUACUACAAAAUCAACACGUGUUAGAACAACUGUUAGACAUACUAACCGCGAAUAAUUCGCAAAAAUACCGAAACGCGGCUGAAAAAAGUAAUAAGAUUAAAAAUGAUGAAUAGAACGUGUGCAGUCUAGUGUAAUAAAUAGCCUGGAAUAGGAAAUUGCCAGCUGCGACUAUUGUGAUUAUUUAAUUGUAAAAAACUGCUGAAGAACGAGACAGAUUAGUUAUGAUAAUUUUAAGGCCACAAGGUACAGUUUCUGUGCAAUGUGAAUUUUCCCAGUCCAAUAAUGACUAAAACGCAGUGUGAAAACUGUUAUACUUUUGGUAGUAAGAGCAGAAUAAUACAUGGCUGCAAUCAAUUGUUGUUUACGACACAUUGAUUCCAAUUAUUCUGGUAAAUUUGAUAUACUGUUUUGUCGCCCAUCGUUUUCUUUUAAAUAUUUAAUUGGUUUAAGGCUUGUAUCGCGUUGUAAUGCAAUACUAAUAGAAAUAGUAUUUUCAUAAGAAGUAAAUUGACAUUAUUAACAUUAUUAUAAUCAUUCUAGUAACAAAGAAAUAACAUUCAUCAAUGUAGUUCAUAACAAUUUUACCGUAAACUUUUAUCUUAAAAAAGUCUUGUUAUAAAUAAUGAGCAAAUAGCUAUGAAUUAUUCUGCGAUUUUGGAUAAUUACUUGUUAUUAAUUCGCAUCUAACUAUUGAUAUAUCGAAAUAUGCCCAAUUGAUUGCAGCAGAUUGUGGUAGAAGCAUAAACUACAAAACAUUCGUCUCUUACUAUCGAAAGGGUGGAAAAUAGGCUAAAACAGUGACAAUCAGGCCAUAAAAGUAUAAAAGUUUGUGAUAAUAAUGUAUUAGAAAAAUGUUGUAGUUUUUCUGCCAAUCAUAGAAAUCUGAUUUCGCACUGGCCCUUUGACUAGAACUAAACAAAAGUGUACCUAUUCAAUAUAUAU